UUUGAAUGUCCCAGAGUGAAUUUGCUUUUAAAAAAAUUAAUUAUCUGAAAAAAUGUUCUAAUUUUGAGAUAAACGUGGAAUUCCAAUAAACCUUUAAGGCACUCUUCAAAAUCGAACUAUACCAUAAGACUUUGCUUAAUUUUGUCUGAGACAGAGGAGAAUAACUUCAUUACCAUUUCCAGAAUUACUGGGAGAUUUCUAUUGUUUGAUGGUUUGUGGCAAUAAUGGAUUGAUGUGAUCCAGUUUUCUAAAAGCUAUUAAUAUCUUACAAUAAUACUUGACAUUUUUUCAAAACCUAAAUGGUGCACAGUUUCCUCAUAAGUAUUAACCAAUUAUCAGCAGAAUAAUAGGGAGACAGCUAGCAAGGUGAAACUUAUUUGAGAUAAUAAUCUUCACAGUUACUAAUACUAAUCAUUCUCAGUUCAUAUUUUCAUUCUCAGAUGAAUCACUUCAGUACUGUCUGCCAUAAAAGUAUUUGGCUGGACACUGUGGGUUGACUUGUGACACUUAGCAAAGUGUCUCCCUACAAGGGUUAGCCUGCUAGAGCAUCUCUCAGGGGUUUGUAACCAAACAUGUUGGUACUUGUUAGUAAAUUAACUAUGUAAUAUCCAACAUCUGGGUCAGAUAGAAGGAAUAGAUGCCAUAUAGAUAUGUGGCAAAGCAGUAGAUGAUUGAAACUCUUUGCAAGUGGAAACAUUAUAGAGAUGCUGAUCUGACCCUUUCACACUUUUAGAUGUUGCAGAGCUUAUUUUUUUUUAAAGCACCUCUUGUGCAGGUGCUUUACCUUUGUAUUGAUAGUAUUCUAUCUCUCUGGCCUAAAUUGCGGAAUGACUUUUGUCCAAAUAGGGCACCUGAUCUGGAUUGCUCCUACAAAAAUGCUAGGAGCUUGUGGAAGCUUCAAUGAGCAGAUAUUAAUUUAAAAAUAUACAGGUGAUAUUUUCGCACAUUGAAGCAAUGUUUGCGUUCUUGUUGUGGCUUACAAAACAAGAUCAGUUAACAUGAAAAAGGAGACAUAGUUAUAAAGAUGCCAGUAAAAUAUUCUGAAUCAGAUAUGUUAAAUUAUUCCUAACCCUGGCUAUAGUCCUGCAGUUCAUCAGCAUAGUCGUAUAACAUUUAUAAAGUUAUAAUAAAUGGUGUAUUAGAUAUAAAGGUUAAAGGCUUCACCAGUCAGUGUCAUAUAUAUGUAAGUCACCUUUGACAAAGUCACAGACAUCAAAGGUGAGCACAAAUCCUAGAAAUAAAGAUAAUCAUUUAGUUCCUUUCUCUCUCUUCAGCAUGAGAGGAGCUGAUAAGCUUAAUGUGCUUUAGUAUUGAUAUCUCCUUUUCUUGUUAACUAUCAAGAAUAAAAUCUCUUGAAAGUUUACUUCCUAACAAAUAAAAAUUAGUAGUUUUUUUCAGGUAAGACUGAAUCCUCUACUGUUUUGAUUCACUUAGGAACUCUUCCUUUAUGAAAUCAGAAUGACAAGAAAUCCUUAGAUCAGCUAUACAAGAACCUCUUGUCUUUCUUAACUAGUUUUGACAUUAAAUUAUACAACAAUCAGCUUACUAACAUCUGGAAAGAAGUACACAACAUUAAAAAUGUUGCCCUUGGUUUUCUAAAUAUGACUUAUGAUUUAUUUACAAUCAGUUGUAGAGUCUAAAGAAACAGUAGAAAAAUCAUUAAGAGGAUCUAAUGGGGGUAAAUAAAAAGCUUUGAAGCAUUACCAAGAGGACUGAAAUUAGUACAUUAAUUCACUGGGCCAGAACCUUUAGUUCAGUUUGAUCUAUAUCAUCAGGAAGGUCCAAAACACAUUGUAUGGCUUUGCAAAAUUAUCAGUAUUAAGUUUUCAAUGUAACAUUUUCCCUCAAUUCUCAUUUUAGCAAUUAUCCCUUAAGCUGUCAGCUCAUCACUAAACUCUGAGGUGUAUCAGCUUAAUAUUUGCAUCAGUAAUUUUUGAUAAUAUCACGUGAUUCAAGUUUACAUGCUAAGUAAAUGCUGUUUUCAGAGAUGGAAUUGUGGUAAAGAUUCUAGAGAAGUCUUAAAGCCAUCAGUUGUUACAGAUUUUCAGUUGAUUGUACCACUUCUAACAGAGAUGAAAUGAAAGGCACUGCAAAGACUGAAAAAAAUCAUAUCUUCUGUUCUUUGUUUUCCAUAUUUGAAUAAGUAGUUUUAAAAUCUUCUAUAUAAUGCUUCCUUCCUUGACACCAUUGCUGCUAUUUAGGGGGGCAUCAUAGGGGAAAGGGUGGUGAAAGUUCAUUGUGGAAAGUAAGAUGCUGAGAUAAAACUGCAAUGAUGGCAGUAAGGGUGGGGGGUGGGGAAGGAACAAAGAAAGCAAUAUUAAAACUUUCAAUGGGCUGUGCUGAGCUAAUUCCAAGAAAUCAUCAACAUUACAGGAGAUUACGUAUUCAAUAUCAGUUUUCAUUUUGCUGAAUUAAACCAAUGGAAUUUCAAAAAAAGGUGUGGGGGGGGGGGGGGAGCAGCAAGGGGACUGACAUAAAAUUAAGCAAAUUGUGCCUCCAGAUUUCCCAUGUAGUGCUAGUGUCAGGCAUCUUCCCCAGGAGCAUUUCAUGUGACUAAUUGCAAGUAGUCCAUUCUUUCAUAUCCCUUUUAAUUCCUUCAUUCUGCAGUUCUGUAGGCUAAACUCUGCUCUCCCAUCUGUGAGGCAGGUCUGUGUAGGGAUGACAAGGUGUGAUUUGAAAGCUGGAUUGUGGCUGUGUGAGCAGAAUUUUUACUAUUAUUGAAGACUAGGAUAACUUCCAAAAUCCAGCAGAUAGGAUCUUAUUUAGAACACCAGAAACUGACACACACAGCCCAACAGUGCUUCAGAAGGCUAAUUUCUUGCUUUAUUUUACAACUGGAUACUAAAAUGGACAGGCCAAAAAAAAUACUGAAGUAUGUUCUUCAGAUAUACUAUUUACUUUUCAGGAAUGGGAGAUACCAUCAUGGCAGGGACAUUGAAGAGAACUGGUUUUAUCUAUCAAAAUCAUAAUUGUCCCCUGAUCAAAUAUCCCCCUCUUCAUAUCAUUCUUCUCUGGCUUUCCUUCAUUUAGCAAAUCAGGCUUGAUGCUCUCAUCCUUUCUUUAGUUUUCUGCAUAAUGUUGCCCCAGUUUGUGUAUCUGCUGAUAUCUCUUUUCCCAUUGUUCCCCUUACACUCUUGCUAUUUAUGCCGUUCUCAUUGUUUCCUUCAUUUCUUAUAAUGUUGCCCACAAUGUUAGGAACAGUGUGCUAGGAUCUCUGUUUUCAAUCAACUGAUUCCUGAAAACUGAAGGCCCACAAAACUAACCCAUGACAACAUCUCAAUAUCCCAAUUUAAAAAAAAAAAAAAAAUUGUAAGUAAUCUCCAUUUUGAUCUUUGUAGGUACUUAUACUAUACCAUUCCUCUCUGAGUAUCUCCUAAAACAUCAGAUCCUCACAACAUCCCUGUGAGAUAGACAAGUUUAUCUCUAUUUUAAAAAUGGGACACUGAGGCAGAGUAGGUUCUUAUCCAACAUCACACAGGAAAUUUGUGGCGAAACUGAACGCAGAACUCGUGAACUGUAGUCCAGUGUUUUAACCAUAAGGAUGUUCUCCCUCCUAGUGCCUUUCUGUCCUUUUACUAUCUUACUCUUCUAGGAUAGACUGCUCUUCAUUUGUCAUUUGAGUGUCUAGUGCACUGUCACUACUUAAAUGCUGUUUUUGGAGGGGGUGGGUAGGAAUUGAGAGAAUGUGGCAGUGUUAAACAUUUUAAAAUGUCUUGUCCACAGCUCUUCUCAUCUAACUCCCUAUAUCUAAGACAAGAGGUUCUGGCUCACCAGGAGUCUGUAUUAGCUACUGAGGCCAGGCUGAGGAUGGAAGGUGUUGAAUUUAAGGAAGAGUGGCAAGAUGAAGAUUUUCCAAGGCCCCUACCAGAGGAUGAUAAUGUUGAAGCAGAUAUACUUGCAGCAGUUGGUCGACAAGGCCCACAUGAAGUGAAUGGAAACAAAGUUAGGAAGAAACUAAUGGCUCCAGAUAUUAGUUUAACACUGGAUCACAGCGAGGAAUCGGUAUUAUCUGAUGACUUAGAUGAGAGUGGGGCGGUCGAUUUGGAUGAUUUAGAUACUCCAUCUGAGAACAGUAAUGAGUUUGAAUGGGAAGAUGAUCUUCCAAAACCAAAAACUACUGAAGUAAUUAGAAAAGGAUCACUUCCUGAAUACACUGCUGCAGAGGAAAAAGAUGAUGGGCGACGCUGGCGUAUGUUCAGGAUUGGAGAACAGGAUCACAGGGUGGACAUGAAGGCAAUUGAACCCUAUAAAAAGGUUAUCAGCCACGGAGGUUAUUAUGGCGAUGGGUUAAAUGCGAUUGUUGUAUUUGCUGUUUGCUUUAUGCCUGAAAGCAGUCAGCCUAACUACAGAUAUCUAAUGGAUAAUCUAUUUAAAUAUGUUAUUGGCACUUUAGAACUGUUAGUAGCAGAGAACUAUAUGAUAGUUUACUUAAAUGGUGCUACAACACGGAGAAAAAUGCCAAGUUUAGGCUGGCUCAGGAAAUGUUACCAGCAAAUUGAUAGAAGCUCAAAAUUCAGCCAAAAAAUUAGAUAUGUCUUUACCCUGGCAGAGCUAGCUGAACUCAUCCCCAUGGAAUACGUUGGCAUACCAGAAUGCAUAAAACAAAUUGACCAAGAGCUUGAUGGGAAACAAGAACAGAGAAGUGAACAGUAAGUUUGGUGUCCAGACAAGACUGAAGACUGUGCAGGUGGAAUGAUGCUCUUUUUUGCAGUUACAAUGCAUUCAUUAGCCUUUAUUUUGUAACCUGUUAUAAAAGGUGCCUUGAUAUAUCUCUGGACUUGUACACAAGGGUCUGUUCUCUACAGUAUUGGUUUGCAAAUCUUGGGUUUAAUUCUUGACUUUAAUAGCUACUUUACCAUGUAAUCAUUUCAUACUGCUAAAUGUCAAAGAACGAUAUGUUUAUAGGAGGCAUUCUUGCAUUUAUCUAAAUGAUGCAUGUUCUUCAGUAAAAUAUUUAUAUACCUAAAUGUUAAAGGAAAGAGAUAAUAUAUUUUUAUGACUUUUUGAGCAAUAUUUUAUAAUGUUUACCUGCAGAAUGAAUUCUUUUGCAGGUAGACAAGGCCAUAAAUGAGUGCCGUCGAUAUUUUGUAAAGUGCAUGAUGAAUGUUUUUUGCUGUAAAUAGUUAAUACAUUUCCUGAGUGAUUUAGAAAUUUAAUGAUUUUUAGAUGCUAGUGUUCACAUAGUGCAGUUCUGUCUCAUAAAUGUGAAGAUGAACAAAAAUGAUUAUGUAUCUAACACAAGUAGAACUCAUUUACAUUCCCAGAAUGAGUUUGAGCUUUGGUUUGUCUUUGUUUUUCUUCAACAUGCAGAUUUGUAGCUCUGUGAAUUUCAGCUUAUUGGCUACCACCUUUUAGCCUAGUUAAACCAUACUGGGGACUAAAUAGUUCAAAUGACUAAUAGUAUAAUGAGCUCUUCACCAUUAGGUCACUAGUUUAAAUUCUGCUCAGGUGUUUAGUAGAUAAAAGCUGUCUAGUCAGUGAUCAGUGUGAAAUGAGCUCAGUCCUGUUACUCUUGGAUGAGUGUCAGUUGGCAUUAACUGAAACUCUGUUCAGUCUCCGCAGACACACAAAGAAUUGCAUGGGCGUGGAGCUGAACUGUCCUUUCAACCAUAAAAGUUAUCCAUUCAGGCCAAGAUUGAAGUACCCUGGAGAGGAGGGGUGGAAAAUCUUGCACUGCCUUUACUUUGUAGAUGGAGAUCUUCCAUCUCCAGUGUUAUCUGGCACUUCUCACAAGCACUAAAUUCACUUUAAAGAAUGAAAUGAGUCUGGUUUUUUUGCUGUGGUUAUUCAAGAUGUAUCCACAAGUUUUCACUUGGUGUUCUUGGGCACAUAAAUUGACUUUCUAUUAGCAUAGCUAAAUUAUACUAUGUUCUGGGUGAAUCAUGUAAUGAAAAUAUAUCAGACUUUUAAAAUCUUCUAUUUGGUAAUCUUGCCUAUUGGUGUAUGCAAAUAAAUCUAUUCAGAAGUUAAACAUUUAAGUGACAUUGAAACAAGCAUUAAAUAUUUUCAUUUGUUUUUACUGCAGAGCUCACUACUUUUGUCUUAAUAAUAAAAUCAAAAAUCCCCAUCUGAUAUUAUUCCACACUUCUAAACAGUAUAUUCUUAGAAAUAGUAGUAUCACAGUUCUUACACACAAUCAAAAUAAAUCCGGUAUACUUACAAAAGUAAGGUAGGUUUCAACUAGAUGGUUACUUAUCAGUGAAGUAUAACACUCGUAGGCUAAUCGUGCAACUGAGACUUACUAACCUUUGGAUCAUUGCAGACUCCUCGCCAUCUCUAAUCAACUAUGCAUAGGUGCAGUACUAGCUAAUUCUGAUGCCAGGUCAGGCCAGUAGUCUGCAUCUGAACUUAACAGAGAUCUGUUUAACACGCAUGAUUCAGGGGAACCUAUCUCCAGGCAUACAUAUUUUGGUUAGGUCAGCAUCUGUCUCCAUCAGCAGUUUGUGCAGAUUAAUCUGCUAUGUUGUUUGCCUAAAUAGGCGACUUUAUUUUGAAGUUGCCCUAUAUGCAUUUUUGUAAGGCUUCUUCUAUUUUGGUCUGAAAGCAAAGAACCUAAAUGAAGAUACUUUCUUUUGGAGCUAGGGCCUGAUGGACAACCGUGAGCAAGUCACUUCAUCAUCUUAUACCUCCAUUUCCUCACUUGUAAAAUGGAUAUAAUGAUACUCACCUUUUUUUCUAAAGCAUUUUGAGAUCUACAAAUAAAAAGUGCUACAUAAGUGCUAGAUGCUAUCACUUCUAUUCCUUGUUCUAUUUUUCAAGUUAUAUCAACUCCAGCUUAUUGACUGAAACCUUCCCCAGCCUGGAAAAUAAAAUUCCAAGUGCAAGGUGUAUGCAUGCAUGCAAAUUGGGAAUCUUCGAUUUCAUUUUUCAGGCCGUAAAGCUGAAUAGAUUUAGAUCUCUCAAAAAAGCCUGGAGAAUAAGAAAGGAUCACCAUCUCAUUUCUGAUUUUUUUUUUUUCUUCAGAUAAAGAUGACUUCUACCAAAAGCAGUUCUUCUAGAAGUAGGGUAUGACAGUUGACUUGCAGUGAUAUAGUGUGAUACAGUUAAAUCAGUCUCUCAGAUUAUUGAAAGAUGUCAUUUGUUGUAUGUAAGCGGAGAACAAAAUAGCUAAAGAUGUUUCAAAUAGAAAAACGUUGGUAGAAUUUCUACUGGCUAUAGACGUUCUUUCUCCAUCUUCCUCGUUGCUUCCUUUAACCCCAUGCUUGCUUCUCCUUUCCUCUUACCUCUACAAAAGUUGAAUGCAAAGAAUCUUAAACAGUUCAAACAGUACAUAUGUUAUGUAGAAAACUAGUUUAUACUGUAUUUUGUACUUGACCAAAUGUUCAGUAAUUUUAAAGGUGACUUCCAAAGGGUGGGAAGGUUUAUACCUUCUGCUUUAUUGUGUGAUUAAAGGAAGUCUGAACGUGGUUUGUUUUUUUUCUGCCUGCUUUUUCAUGUGUAAAAAAGUCAAGUUUUGCCUAUGCUAUUUUUCUGACUGAUUCUCUAAACUGGACCAUUAAUUGGUUUAUGAUAGCAGAGAUGCAAAGGAAGUAAAAUGUGAUUAGGUGUUGAAAAACGAGUUCUAUGCAACCCAAAUAAAAUUUUCUCCUCAAUUAAACUCAAAUGCCUAACAAAUUGCAGGAGAAAGUUUUAAGACUCAGACCUCCCUCACCCCAACACACUGAAGAUUUAGUAUUCUGGGACUUCUCCGAGAAUCCCAUCAAAAACCGGGAAGCAAAGACUAGAUACAGAUCUAUUUUUUUUUUUUUUAAAUCUGCUGCUUGUUAAACUUCAUGCACCAGGAACUAGUGAAGGAUAAUAAACACACUUUUCUGAAAGCUGCAUUUUAGACUUCAAUUAUAGCUGCAUGAGGUACCUAACAAGGUUGAAUUUUCAACUUCAGUAUUACCUGACGAAUGAGUACUUGAUUCUCAAUCUUAAUGUUGCAUUAAUACUUACUAUAAAAUGUAUGCACACACUGAUCCAUAAUCACUUGCUAUUUCUCUAUAAGCUUGUGUAUAAAUAGAAAUGUUCAUUUUCAUAAUUCUGCUGCCUUCUAAAGCAACAUAGCUUGGGACCCAAGUUGGCAAUUGCUGUGAAGAAUCUUUCCUCCCACCCAAUCCCUCACUUUUAAUGGUGAAGUAUUCAAGUGCAUGUUUUUAAAAAGCUAUUUUAAAUGAAUUCUGGGGCUUUCUCAAACAUUGUACAUGGGGUAUUAUACUCAGAACCAAAUCCUGCUGUUUUGCAAUGAGAUUCCAAAGGCUACAUGUACAAACAGCUAACUAUUU